AUGCCCAGUGUGUUGGCAGAGGGUCCGCGGGAAUCGCCACCACCUCACGCGUCAUCAGCGAUCUCCCGUUGCCGGACGUAUGCAGAUCGAAUCGAGCAUCGCAAUCAGAUGGAUCAGGUGCGCCGGGAGAGAGAUGCGGCAUGGCAUCGCAACAUGCGCAACGGUCGUGAGCGUGAUGGAUUGGUUGAAGAUCCAGAACAGAGCGAAGAGCCAGGACAAGUUGAAGAGCCAGAACUGUUGGAGCGACUGCUACAAGUCAGUGAUGACGAUGCACCUGCAAAUGCUCUAGUCGACAGCGAAAUCGACGACUAUACUCCAGGUGAAGAAUAG